AUAUUCUUAUCCCACCACCUCUUUAAGCUCCGUGUUAACCAGCUAAACCAUUUGAUCUUUUUUUUUUAUUUCUAUUUCCAGAUAGAAACUUAAUACUCAUCGAAACUUGAAACUCGUUUUAGUUUUUGCCAGAUUUCCCUUCUCGGCUAAAACUUUUUUCUUAAUCGGAUUCGAUCUGGGCUUUCGUGUCUCUCUGUACUGUUCUGUUUGGUACUAAAAAGGAAACGUUUUUGUUACUUUUCCAUGGCUGGGAGCGAUCAAGUUAACCUUAUUGAGAGCAAGACAGUGGUUCCUCUCAAUACAUGGGUUUUGAUAUCCAACUUCAAGCUAGCCUACAACCUCCUCCGCCGCCCGGACGGAACCUUCAACCGCCACCUGGCUGAGUUUCUAGACCGUAAAGUCCCUGCAAACGCCAACCCCGUCAAUGGAGUCUUCUCGUUCGAUGUCAUCAUGGAUCGCCAAACCAAUCUCCUCAGCCGAGUAUACAGACCGGCUUUUGCUGGUGACCCACCAAGUUUUACUGACCUUCAGAAGCCUGUUGAUGGUGAAGUAGUGCCAGUCAUUGUCUUCUUCCACGGCGGAAGCUUUGUGCACUCUUCAGCAAACAGUGCUAUCUAUGACACUCUUUGCCGCAGGCUUGUUGGUCUGUGCGGUUCCGUUGUUGUCUCUGUGAACUAUCGACGCGCGCCGGAGAAUCGUUACCCUUGCGCUUAUGAUGAUGGCUGGACUGCUCUGAAAUGGGUCAACUCUAGACCCUGGCUUCAAAGCAAGAAAGACUCGAAGGUUCAUAUCUUCUUGGCGGGUGAUAGCUCUGGAGGGAACAUAGCGCAUAACGUCGCGGUGAGAGCGGUUGAGUCAGGGAUUGGUGUGUUGGGGAACAUUCUGCUUAACCCUAUGUUUGGAGGGACGGAGAGAACUGAAUCCGAGACGCGUUUGGAUGGGAAGUACUUUGUGACGGUGAGAGACCGUGAUUGGUAUUGGAGAGCGUUUCUCCCCGAGGGAGAGGACAGAGAGCAUCCAGCGUGUAGCCCGUUUGGUCCGAAAAGCAAGAGUUUAGAAGGUUUGAGUUUCCCCAAGAGUUUAGUCGUUGUGGCGGGUUUGGACUUGAUUCAAGAUUGGCAGCUGAAGUACGCGGAAGGGCUGAAGAGAGCAGGUCAAGAGGUGAAGCUUCUUUACUUGGAUCAAGCCACCAUUGGGUUCUACUUGUUGCCUAAUAACAAUCACUUCCAUACCGUUAUGGAGGAGAUAGCUGCGUUUGUCAACGCAGAAUGCCAAUGAAAAACGCUAUUAUCUCUAACUAACAAACGGGUGAAAGUCCACCGCGGAAAGGUGAAGGAAGGCCCGAGAUUCUCGUUUUAGAAGCUCCCUUGUAUGGCGUUUAACUACUACCACGGAGGUUGUGGUGGCGUCUGCGUUUGUGAACCGUGCGAAGCUGGAUUCUGAGAGCAAAGCAGGAAGAAUAACAGUGAAGCCGGUAAUGUUUGGCUUUUAGCGUUAGCGUUUUAACUAAAACUACAGCUAUGUUUUUUUUCAGCUUGCGGUUGAUAGUAACUCUGGUUAUGUUACUAUUAUGAUAUUUUCAGUAUAUAUAUAUAUAUAUAUAUAUAUAUAUAUAUAUAUCUGCGUAAUGAAACAAUAUAUGUUUAUAGGUUGUUGUAACUUGAGCAGUGUGGUGUUGUGUUUGCUUAAUCUGCAACCGAGAUAUUUUCUUA